AUGGUAAUAUUCAUUGCUAUAUUAGACCUAAUUAUCGUUCUUGCUAUUUAUUUUUUAUUUUUCUAUUUUAUUGUGAUGGAAAAUAAUAUUUGUGUGUAUGAUUGUAAAGAUCAUUCCCUUAAAAAGAUGAAAAAAAAAAAAAAAAAAAAAAUGCGAAACAUAUAUAAAUUAUUAAUUGUUCUGUCUAUUUGUAUAAUAUAUUAUUUUAACUUAAAUUUUUUUUCAGUAUCUGCAAAAAAUAUAAAUAAAGAAAAAAUAAACCCUCAUGGAAUUAUUACAUCAUCUGUUCCUAAUGAUAAUAUAAAUAUAAUAGAAGCAAAUGAAAAGGAACAUAAUAGAAAUUAUACUACAGAAGAAUUAUUAAAUAAUAAUGAAGAAAUAAAAAAUGAAGAACUUUCUCAUUCAUCUGAUGAUAAAGAAUAUGAUAAAGAUAUAUAUAAGGAAAAGUUUUUAGGUGACGAUUUUGUAAGUAAUGUUGAGUUAAUAAAAAAUAGCAAAUUUAUAAUUAAUGCUGUUAAUUUUUUAAUUAAGGGAUAUAAGCAAAGUUAUACAACUGGUGAAAAAGAACAUACGUCUUUAAGAAAUGGUAAUGAUAAUCCUAAUGCUGCAGAAAUUAAAAAGUUAAUUAUAAUUAAAUUAUUAAAAUGUAUAGGAGUUUUAAUUUUAUGUUAUAUUGCUAUUCGUCUAGUUUUUUCAUUCUUUAAAAAAGUAAUAAAUUUGAUUUUUACCAUUAUAUUUAAAAUUUUCAAAUUUUGCUGUUGUGGGGGGAAAUAA